AUGGGAAAUCAAUGCUGUGCAGGAAGAGAUCUGCUUUACAAAAAUAAGCUGCAAGAAUUUGGAAUAGAGGGGUCAAAGACAAUAAGAAAAUUGUUGUCCUUUACAAGUAAUGACAUUCUACGGUUCGACAAGGCAUAUGACGAGAAUGACGUGCAAGAGUUCGUGAAUUUGUGUUCGUCCACAUGCGAGAUUGAAAAGUUAGAGGAUAGAAUGCACCCCUGGGCGGCUGACCCUAAAACGAUAGGCGCACUGUCCGCGACGCAGUUGGCCAUAUUGGCCAAUGAACCUCAUUACAAAGACGCCAUUCGUGAAGCCAACGGAAUACCCGUUUUUAUAAAUCUGCUAAAAUCUCACGAACUAGACAGAGUCCACGCGGCCGUCGUGGCGUUAUCCUUUUUGUCCGUCGACAAUGUGAAAAACUGCAUUACGAUGUUUGAGAAUGGCGCCCUGCCUUACCUGAUCAGCGGGAUGAAGUCAAACAUUGAUGGCAUGAAGGCGGCCUGCGCCCAGACAUGUAGAAAUAUUUUCGUUUUGGACAAGAAGUACAAGAAGGAAUUUUUAAAAUUGGGAGGAAUUACCCAGCUUGUGAAUUUGCUUGAAAUGCCGCCCAAGUACGACGAUAGCCAGCCACUGUACACGCAACUGGAGGCCAUUUACCACUUGGAGGAUUUUAUACUGAAUGAUGGAGACGAAGUGCCGGAGUUUUUGGAAGCCGUUAAAAACUCCAACGCGAUUAAAAGUUUGAAAAAUCUGCAGCAGUGCCCCGAGCAGGACGUAGCUGAAGCCUCGAAUGUUCUCCUACUGAGACUCACGGACUAA